CUCCGCCCCGCCGUCCCCCCCUCCCCGCUUAAAACCUCGGCUCCGACCGAACCCACUGCCCCCUCACACCCGCCGCGCCCCGAUUCGUCGUCACCACUCCCACCAGACCGUCAUCCACCGUCGACUGCUGCCCGGCCGGAUUCGAUCUGCCACUACUAGCGCAGCACGGCGCCUGACCGAUCGGCCGGCAUGGAGAAGAAGCUGCCGCUGCCGCUGCCGCUGGCGCACGGGGAGGGGCUGUGGGCGCGGCCCUGGCGGUGGGCCAAGACCGCCUUCUUCCUCGUCUCCAUGCUCGCCUCGCUGCUCCUCGUCUGCGCGCCGCCGCUCCUCGUCGUCCUCCUCGACCUGCUCCUCCCGCCCGCGCUCCUCUCCAACUUCCUCCGCGCCUCCUCCGCACACACCCUCCUCGACCAGGCCAGGGGCUUCCACUUCCGCUCCUCCCUCGUCGACCUCCCCGCCGUCUCCGCCGCCCGCUCCCUCCUCAUCCUCUGCGCCUACACGGCGUGCGGCGGAGGCGCGGCCUACCUGUGGGUGGCGGCGGCCUGCAGCGUCGGCUCCCUCUUCUACGUCCUCGCCAAGGCCGUCGCCGUCUUCGGCGUGCCGGCCGACGGCGCCGCCGGCCUCGAGCUGCACGGCAAGGGCCAGCUCCUCGCCGUGGAGGCCAUGUUCCUCAUGUCGCUCGCGCUCGCCGCCGCGCACCUCGCCAUGGCAUACCGGGCCAGUAGCCGGGAGAAGCGCCGGCUGCACGUCGUCUACAGAAUCGACAUCGAAGCAGUAAGGUUAAAAGGAACCCACACGCCCAAGUCGCUGAAGCAAUGCAUCGUAUGACACCCAUCCAUCGUCCGGUGUCGGAUGGGAAUGGAUUCUGGAGAGGCGACGGCAGGGGUCUCUGCUUCCUCCUCCGGUCUCAAUUUUUUGGCUCGAGCAGUAGUUUGUGUACACUCCGAUUGAUCGAUCGAUCGACACGACGCGCCAUGUGUAUAUGUUACCCGCACCAACGUCCCUCUCUCCCAAGUGGACAUAGUGUGGAGCUCAGCUGUAAAUAUGGUGGGACAUUUGUGCUUCGGCCUCCUGCAAAAGGGAUGAGCCGUGCGGCAGAUGCGAUUGCUGUUUUUUCAUCAUCUUCUUCUUCUCUCUGUUUUAGUUUCAAUCACUGGACGUCACCAUGUCUGACACUCUGACCGAAACUGUGAAUUGUCAAAAGAACGAAAUUUGGCGGACUGGUAAAAUUAAUCUGGGCGCCGGGAAGAAGUUUCAAACA